AUGACCGAUCAGUCCACCAUUCGACUCGCGACGCCAGAGGACGUGCCCCUCAUCCUCCAGUUCAUUCGCGAACUCGCCGAUUAUGAAAAGGCCCUGCAUGAGGUCGAGGCCACCGAAGAGUCGCUGCUGGCCACCCUCUCCUUCCCCAAUGACCCACCCAAGCGUGGUUCCGUCUAUACGGCCUUAAUCACUCCUCCGCCGACCUCCGAGACCCCCGCGCCAGUUCCCGUCGGCAUGGCUCUCUUUUUCUAUAACUACUCCACCUGGCGGUCUGCUCCUGGUAUCUAUCUUGAAGAUCUUUAUGUCCAGCCUAUUGCGCGUGGCCGCGGGUAUGGCUUUAAGCUGCUGAAGUAUCUGGCGAAGCAGGUGCUGGAAGUCAAGGGACGUCGACUGGAAUGGAGUGUGCUCAAGUGGAACACCCCAAGCAUCAAGUUCUAUGAGCAGGUUGGUGCCAAGGGCAUGGAUGAGUGGAUGAAGAUGAUGGUAGAGGGACCGGCAUUGAAUACCCUGGCCGAGGGCGUAUAG